AUGCAGGAAAGCACCCGCCCUCGAGUGGAUCCCGCCAAAAUCAAUGCCGCUCCUUAUGCGAUACAGAGGUUCCUAUUGCUACAAAAUGGCCACCAAGGCAUUGAACCCACGAUCUUGUCCAAGAUUCAGGGCACCAUCUCCCUCGCCAACCUCAUCACGGAAAGCAACAUCAAGGCCUAUGUGCUACCCGUCGCGCUCUUCUCCAUGCUGAGCCUGGCAUCUGGGGGAGUCACCACCACCGCGCCGAGCUGGUACGACGUCGUCACGGCAUUUCCUAGGGCGCUGACUUACAUCUGGCUGUAUGUCUUCCAUUUCGACCUGAGCAACCAGAAGGACCCCGGAUCCAUCGAGGAGGACAAGCUCAACAAACCCUGGCGUGCGAUCCCGUCGGGCAGGCUCACCAUCGAGGCCGCUCAGAAGUGGUAUGUAGUCGCCACGUGCAUGCUGCUGACCGCCAGCCUGCUGCUCGGCGGGUUCCCGGAGGCGCUCUCGUGGUGGGGCAAGAACAUUAUCAACGCCCUCUUCUACACGACAGGUCAGCUCGGUACCACGCGGGUGGCCGCCAUAAAGUCCACAUCUAUGAGCCACAUCCAGGACUUCAGGGAUCAGGAGGGUGACAAGAUCCGCGGCAGGCGAACAGUCCCGCUCGUUCUGGGCGACAGCUGGUCUCGUGUCGUGACAGCCGUGGUCAUCCUCCUUUUCUCGAUUGCGCUACCUAUCUACUGGGAGGCCAGAGUCCUCGAGUUCCUGUGGCCACUUGUCAGUGGAGGUUUUGUCGCCGCCCGCCUGAUGCUCUACAGGACUGCCAAAGCCGACCGCAUGACUUUCCAUAUGUACACGCUAGGAUGGCUCCCGGCACUCUACGCUAUUCCUUUUGUCGUUAAGACGGGCCUACUGAGGUUCUGGGCUUAG